GGGAGGAAUACAUGUGAGUCUGUUCACUUGCCAUGCAAGUGUAAUUCAUCACUUAUAGCUCGGCUGUCAGUUAUUCUGGGGUUAGUCAGAGGCCAGCUGGACCACUUCCAAACUGGUUCGUUGCCUUAGGGAGUGGGGAGAAAUUGGGCCUCCUCCUCCAGGCGCUUGUUUCCCUUUGGAGUUCCCGUAGAUACACACCCUUAAACGGAGAUCUUUGGACUGUUUAAAAGAGAGAAGCAAGCAUUUCGCCAGAGGCAAAGAUGAAAAUGUUACCUGCUGGCAAGUGCUGGUUGCUCUUUGGAGUGUUGCUGUGUGCUAAGUCAAGUGCUGGAUCGACAACAGAGACCAAAGGUGAAAGAAAUGACCACCCGGAAGUGAUUACUGCACAAGGGCGCGUUCGGGGCAAGGUAGUCAGUGUGAACGGUAUUGACCAGCCUGUAAAUGUCUUUUUGGGGAUCCCUUUUGCAAAGCCACCCAUUGGAUCCCUUAGAUUUGCUCCUCCGCAAGCACCCAAGCCCUGGAGUCACGUCAGAAACACGACAUCUUUCUCUCCAAUAUGUCUGCAAGAUUUGGGAUGGCUUGAUAUGUUUCAGAGUUUGGUGAAUGCCACAUUACCUCCGUUGACUACAUCCGAAGAUUGUCUCUACCUGAAUAUUUACACCCCAAACACGAAAGCCCAGUUGCCUGUAAUGGUCUGGAUCCACGGAGGAGCGCUGGUGUUGGGAGGAGCGUUUAUGUGUGAUGGAUCUAUACUCUCUGCUUAUGAAGACGUGGUCGUUGUAACAAUUAAUUACAGGCUGGGCCUCCUCGGAUUCUUUAGUACUGGAUCUGUAGAAGCUCGUGGAAACUGGGGCUUACUGGAUCAAAUCGCAGCUCUCCAGUGGGUUCAGGAAAACAUCAAGCAAUUUGGAGGAGAUCCCCAGUCUGUGACCAUAUUCGGCGAGUCUGCAGGAGCAUUUAGCGUUGAUGCUCAGGUAUUAUCUCCGUUAUCCAAGGGUUUGUUUAAGAGAGCCAUAUCAGAAAGUGGAGUUGUUCAGAUUCCAGGUUUGUUGACUUCCCACCCAGAAGUCCUUGCGAAAGAAAUAGCAACUGUCUUCGGCUGUGGGACAAACAAUGCUGAAAUGGUGCGUUGCUUGAGGAGCAAAACAGAGCAAGAAUUAAAAUCCUUGAUGAAGGAAAUUAGAAGCAUGAAUGCAGUUGUGGACGGCAAGUUCUUUCCAAAGGCACCCGAAGAGCUUCUGGCUGCAAAGGAGUUCAGCAUUGUGCCAUAUCUACUCGGCGUGAAUAACGACGAAUAUGGUUGGGCCGUACCUCUUAUGCUGUAUUCCUUAGAUAUAAAAGAUGGUAUAGAUCGGGAGAUCGUCAUGGCAGCAUUCCAGGCUGUAGCCUCUGAGUUGGGGCUCUCAGCUGAAUCUGUGCAGAAGGUAUUGGAUGAGUAUCUGGGAGACACGGAAGACCGUAUCCAAUUACGAGACCACUUCCGAGAACUGAUGGGAGACGUCUUCUUUGUCAUUCCUGCUAUUCGAACAGCUAGAAGCCAAAGAGAUUCUGGUGCUCCUGUCUACUUUUAUGAAUUCCAGCACCGGCCCAAUAUGUACAAAGAUAUAAAGCCAGAUUUUGUGAAGGCAGAUCAUGGCGAUGAACUUGGCUUUGUUUUUGGAUGGCCAUUAAUAAAAGGUGACGAUUCAGAGGAUGAGAAGAAGCUCAGCAGGACUAUCAUGAAAUACUGGGCCAACUUUGCUCGCACAGGAAAUCCAAAUGGCGAAGGUUUGGUGGGGUGGCCACGCUAUGACCUGAAUGAAGAAUAUCUGGAGCUGAACCUGCAGCAACAGAAAGCAGAGAAACUGAAAAAGGACCGGGUUGAUUUCUGGGUGGAGAUCUUGCAGGACAAAACAAAGAAAACCACAAAAGAACAGGAAACACGUGUGGAUCUCUAGCUGGCAAUGUGAUUUGCUGGUUUGCUAUUGUCUUGAGACAUCAAAUACUUAAAUGAUAACUGAAAACUGUAUUUGUCAAAGUGUGUCUUAGCCGUGAAGGGAGGGAAAAAUCAGAGGCUUUGACUGCUAUCAACCAGUCUUUAUCAACCAGAAAUUUCGUGUGACUCUUGAUUCAGCAUUUAGGAAGUGCUGUCAAGGAUUUCAGCUACUAGGUGGAGAUUACUAUGAAUGCUGUUGGUGAAUCUUAAGAACUGAAAUCGGGGCUGUAAUAUUUUACUCUUCUUAGGAUUGCACUGUUAAAUCAAUGAAUGGAGAUGGUUUUGCAAGGUGCCUGGGAUGAAACAAGCAGCUUAGAGGUUUUAAAGUUGUUUUAAACAGGAAUGGUAGGAGAUACCUUCUCAAACAGAAGAUGGAUUUUAGUGGUUGUAGCUCACAACUUUUUCCCUCCUCCAAAAAUUAGGCAUGUGGGGACCCAAUUCAGAGGGGAAAGAGUUUAAAUGUUCCCCUUCAUACUGUUUCUCCAAUCUGAAGCAGCCCUCGGGUGCUGUUACUUGCCUUUCUGGGGAAACAUACAAUCUUACAUGUGCAGAUCGUCUAAAAAUGCAGUUUCCGGCCUGCAGAGCUGUUAUUUGUCUUCAUUUGUAAGUGGCUGCAGAUUUGAUUAACCCAUUAAAAUCCAUACUGAAGAUUU